GCCACAAUGGACCACCCUCAACUCCAUCUAGAAGUACCCCCAAAGCCUACCUAUGGAACAGCUGGCCAGUAUCGAAGAUUCCAGCAACCCAUGAGGAAAAUUGGCCCAUUCAAAAGAAAGGGAAUUGAAAGGUGGCACAGAGCUGUAUCUACUGAUUUGGUAAAACAAAAUGUAUUGAUCCCGAAAGAGGAAUCAUCCAGUGAAAGUGACAUAGGAUUUCAUGAAAAUCAGCGAAAUGAGAAAAAAAAUGUAAUGAAAAAAAUGCGGACUGCUUUUGGAAGAUUCCUGCCGUACACGUGUAGAAGCAAGCCAGCGGGCACUGGUAGAGAAGACUCCACGAGCCCUAAGAAAGCCCCACUCUCGAACACUCUGCGCCUCUUUCCUAGAAUCAUCAAGGAGCUUCCCUCUCCCAGGUUAUUCACCAAACCAAGGCCGAGAAGGCUGUCCCACAGCGCAACUAUACAACUUGAUGUAGAAGCAGAGACAGAGGAGAUAACUCGAGGAAAUACAUUCCUCAGAGCCAGGAGAACCACAAAGCGGUUAUCUGUGACAUCUCUGCCUUCAGGACCACAAAAGGUAUCAUAUUCAUCCAAAAAAAGACUAUAUUUUCCAGGGUUUAAAAAAAAGAAACGUGGCAUGGAAAACAUCCUCCAAAAAUCAGACUUGACAGUAGGAAAGCUUCAAAUGCAGGUGGAUGACCUUAUAGAAACGGUGACCGAUAAAUCCAUGAAACUGUUGGCCCAAAGACAUGCUGAGCUUCAGCAGUGUGAGUUUCUAGGAGACGAAAUUCUCCAGUCAUCUAAGCAGUUCCAGCGGAUAUCCAAGAGGACUAUGAGGAAGUUUAAACUGAAAAAUGCUUGCUUUCCAUGUACCUGUUGCUGCUUCUGACUUUUCUGGAUAAGUUAUUUUUGUAGGGUUUCUUAUCUUUUGAUACAUACUCUGGAAUAAAUCUCUGUAGUGAAUUAAUAAAUAGGGGGCUUUUAAACAAAAGAAUAUUCUAACAGUUCUUAAAAAAAGAUCUUUUUUCAAAAACUGAUUUUUAAUUGUGUAAAUACAGGUUUUUUGGCUGCAUAAUCCUUACUUAUAAUAGAAAACAGAAACAUUGCUCAGGGAAUAGCAAUUCUACAAAAAAAAAUUCCUCCCAUAAUAAUUUUUCAGAUUAAGUUGGGCAUGGUAGCACAUGCCUGUAAUCCCAGCACCCAAGAAGCUGAGGUAGGACUGUUGCAAACGUGAGACCAGCCUGGGCUACAAAGUGAGCUCAAGGGCAGCCUGAAUUACAUAGUGAGAUCCUGUCUCAAAAAGACAAAUAAAUAAAUAAAUAAAAAUUGCAGAUGAAAUUAGAGGAAGCAUUUAAAGGUAUUUUGACACCUUUAAUAUGACCACUACAGAGGUAAAUUUAAAUUUCCAUUUUUAAAGAAAAAAAUUCUUUUUAAAACUGCAAAAAUGUACCCUGGUUAAGGUAUGAUUUAUGCAGUGUCAUAUCUCUGUACUAAAAUAAACAGAUAAUAAUGGAACCUAAGAAAUACCAUACAUGUAAUUCAACAUUUAAGAAAAUUAUAAGGGAUUCAA